AUGAACUCUCCGAUGCCUAAAAAAAUCUCUCCGGCGCCGGAAAAACUCGCCGCCGGGUUCCUGACCUCGGUGGUCUCUCUCUGGCUGAUUUGCAGCAAACACGCAACGCGAACGUCGAAGAAGAUCGCGCCGAAGAAGGUCAUGGCGAGGUUGAGUCACAAGGCGAUACAGUUCCGGCAGAGAAAGAGCGGCGGGGAGGCGAAGACAGGCGGAGAAGACGGCGGCGUGUGGCGGAGGGCGAUACUGAUGGGAGAUAAAUGCGAGCCGUUGGAUUAUUCAGGAGUGAUAUAUUAUGAUAGUGAGGGGAAUAGGUUGAGUGAGGUUCCGGUGAGGUCGCCGAGGGCGAGUCCGCUGCCGAGUUAUGCGUAUAAGUCGGAGAAAGAGAAGAGUCGUCUCGGGUGGUGA